AUGGCUGAAUCAGAAAAACCAGCUGAUGAAAAAGAUGAAAAACAAACGGAAGAAGACGAUGAAGAAGAUUCAGCUUCAAAACUAAGCUUACUGAUGAAUAAAUUUGCGAAUCUGAUGGGUGCUGCCGUUUCAAAUGAACCAGCCGAAAAUCCCGUAUUAAAAUCGUUUGAUCUGAAAUGUGCAGCCGAAUAUAUGAGUAAAUGUUCAAAUGUUAUUGUAAUGGCUGGUGCCGGAAUAUCGACUAGUGCGGGAAUACCAGAUUUCCGUUCGCCAGGAACUGGACUCUAUUCACAAUUGGAAAAAUAUAAUUUACCGUUUCCAGAAGCCAUCUUUCAGCUGGAUUAUUUUCGAAACAAUCCAAAACCAUUCUUCUUACUUGCCAAAGAGCUGUAUCCACAAAAAUAUACUCCGACGCCAACUCAUUAUUUUCUUCGAUUGUUAAAUGACAAGAGUAAACUAUUAAGAAUCUUCACUCAAAAUAUCGAUUCGUUGGAACGUAUUGCUGGUGUACCUCCAGAAAAAAUUGUUGAAGCACAUGGAACAUUUUUUGCAUCUCAUUGUUUAAAUUGUCGCAAAGAAUAUGAUUUAGAGUUUGUCAAAGAAAUCAUAUCCAAGGAUGAAAUUCCACAUUGUACAGAAUGUGAUGGAAUAGUUAAACCAGAUAUUGUCUUUUUCGGCGAAAGUUUGCCCGCACGAUUUUCAGAAUGUGUCCAAACUGAUUUUGACAAAGCUGAUUUUUUGAUUAUUAUUGGUACAUCAUUAAAAGUAGCACCGUUCAAUCGUCUUACAAAUUUUGUUGGCAAAGAUUGUCCUCGUCUUCUUAUCAAUUUGGAACCAGCUGGAACUGCAACAUCUGUCUGGGAUUUAGGAUCAAGCUCAUUAUUAUUUGGAUCGAGCAAAAAUCGUCGUGAUGUUUUUCAUAAGAGUACGUGUGAUGAAGGCGUUACUGAACUUGCUAAACUACUCGAUUGGGAGGAUGAUUUUAAUGAAUUACUCGAAUCUGACGGAGUAUCAGCUGAAAGCGUAAAGAAAAAUUUGUCAACUAUUCCUGAUAAAACAGAAGAAAGUGCAAAUCGUUUAGCUGAACAAAUGGCUGCAGCAUCAUUAAAUGAUGAUAAAAAGGAACAAUAA